GUGCCUUUAGGUCCUGGCAGCACCAUCCGGCUAGAGGGUGAGCCGAGGAGGACACUGACUGCUUGUUUUGUCCCUGCCAGCAACACUGGAUGGUUCCCCCCACCACCACCUCUUUCGCUGGUGAAUUUCAUGGAUGUUUUUCCCUAAACCGGAUGUAUGAUUUGCGCGCUUGGAUACAAUAACUAACGACGCCGUAGUGGAAGCCAAAACACGCACGCACACACACACACACGCGCGCGCGCGCACACAGAGGAAUCGAUGGGGAAAAUAAGUUGACUGCUGCCUUGGGAGAAAUUGUUGUUUUUGUUCUUCUGCGAACGGGAUCGCGCUGCUUUCUGAUCACCAUCAUGGGGAUUUUGGAUACAUAGUGGCUUUGGCACUCCUCGGAUUUUUGGGAUUGUUUCCUUUCCUGAGCGCAAGCAACAAUUUCGGAGUGCCAGCCAUCCUCUCUGCGCUCCAGGAAAUAACAGUACGAAAAGAAACCUCCAUAGCAUAUCGAUGAUCGAGUCGAUGGAGAUACAUCCACGCGCAUAGGAAACGGUUUGGCAUAUAUGGAGGGAAUUUGGUCGAGUUUCCAGCCGUGCGUAAAAUAACUUCUUCCCUCCUGCAAACCCCGCAUGCAGUCCCGGUGGUGGACGCGGCCUCGGUGCAUGGAUCAGCCGACAUGGCGAGCAGUGAGAUCUAAAAGAUGAAUGCAGCAUUUCCCACACUGACACACAUCCGUCGGUUUCCCCCUUUCACACUGCAGGAGAGGGAAAUAAACCCGAAGGUGGAGCAGAUGCGAGGCCAGGUGCUUCCCACCUCCACCAUGCGGGAGAUCUAAGGCCGCGCACUGGAUCAUCCACCACGGGGGGAGAGGGAGUUUUUCCAUCACAUCAAACAUUAUUUUGUUUUUUAUUUAGUUUAGCUUUCUUUUUGUUGUUGUUGUUGUUGUUGUUCAUUUCUAGUAGGGAUCUUCUGAAUGCUUGGAAUUGUAAGGUAGAGAGAGAGAGAGGGAUCUUCUCAGAAAGAAGUAGGUCAGAUCUUGCAAGAUAAAGCUGGCCAAAAUGGGAGUGACUCUAUCACUCGUGGUGAUAUGACAUCUUGCUUACUUUUCUAAAUUUGCCGCUAUCCAAGUCCACUGGAUCCAUGACCGCUUGACCCCCCACCCCCACUGGCUGCUUCUCCGCUCAUCGUCUUGGCCUGUGAGGUUUCGUCCUCGGAUCUUGUUUUCUUGCGUCCCCCGACACCCCUCUUCCGGCCUCUCCCAGAGUGCGUAUGGCUCUUUGCGGGACCACGGCUGCUAACGCGGCCAAAAUGAUGGCGGCGUACAGCGGAGGCGCUUCGGCGGUGGCGUCGGCAGCCCACCAUCCACACCACCACCACCAGCUGGCGCACCUGCCCCCUCCGCAUCAGAUCCACCACCAGCACCACCACCACGCCGGGCAACACCAUCUCCAGCAGCAGCAACAGCAGCAUCCCGCUCCAGGUUCGGCCGCCGCCGUCCAUCCUGUUCAGCAGCAACACGCGUCCGCCGCCGUCAUGCUCAACCCGAGCCAGCAGCAGCAGCAGCAACCAUACUUUCCGUCGCCCGCACCCGGACAGGCUCCCGGUCCGGCUGCGGCUGCGGCGCCCGCUCAGGUGCAGGCUGCAGCCAUCAAGGCGCACCAUCACCACCAUCAACACCAUCUACAGCAGCAGCUGGACAUCGAGCCUGAUCGGCCUAUCGGAUACGGGGCGUUCGGCGUGGUCUGGUCUGUGACCGACCCCCGGGACGGUAAACGUGUGGCCCUCAAAAAGAUGCCCAACGUCUUCCAGAACCUCGUCUCCUGUAAGAGGGUCUUCCGCGAGCUGAAGAUGCUCUGCUUCUUCAAGCACGACAACGUCCUGUCAGCUCUGGACAUCCUGCAGCCUCCACACAUUGACUACUUUGAGGAAAUCUAUGUGGUGACGGAGCUGAUGCAGAGCGACCUCCAUAAGAUCAUCGUGUCUCCGCAACCCCUCAGCUCCGACCACGUCAAAGUCUUUCUCUACCAGAUCCUCCGAGGUUUGAAGUAUCUGCACUCCGCCGGCAUUCUGCACAGAGACAUCAAACCUGGCAACCUUCUCGUCAACAGCAACUGUGUGCUCAAGAUCUGUGACUUCGGUCUCGCGCGGGUGGAGGAGCCUGACGAGUCGCGUCACAUGACCCAGGAAGUGGUGACGCAGUACUACCGUGCCCCCGAGAUCCUCAUGGGAAGCCGGCAUUACUCCAACGCCAUCGACAUCUGGUCCGUGGGCUGCAUCUUCGCCGAGCUGCUGGGACGACGGAUCCUCUUCCAGGCCCAGAGCCCCAUCCAGCAGUUGGAUUUGAUCACUGACCUGUUGGGGACGCCGUCUCUGGAGGCCAUGAGGACGGCGUGCGAGGGAGCCAGAGCUCAUAUACUGAGAGGACCACAUAAACAGCCCUCACUUCCUGUCCUUUACACCCUGUCCAGUCAGGCAACCCAUGAGGCAGUUCACCUGCUCUGCAGGAUGUUGGUCUUUGACCCGUCAAAGAGGAUCUCGGCUAAAGAUGCCUUGGCUCACCCAUACCUAGAUGAAGGGCGUCUGCGCUACCACACCUGCAUGUGUAAAUGCUGCUACACCACGUCGUCUGGCCGAGUUUACACCAGCGACUUCGAGCCCGUCACCAACCCCAAGUUUGACGAUGGCUUUGAGAAAAAUCUAACAUCAGUGCGGCAGGUCAAAGAGAUCAUUCAUCAGUUCAUCCUGGAGCAGCAGAAGGGGAAUCGGGUACCUUUAUGUAUAAAUCCCCAGUCCGCUGCUUUCAAAAGCUUUAUCAGCUCGACAGUAGCUCAGCCCUCCGAGAUGCCUCCGUCUCCUCUGGUGUGGGAGUAGCUAACGAUUAACGACGAACAUAACGAUGAUGAUGAGGAUGAAGACAUGAAGGCGGCGGUGGCGCCAACCCCACACACACACGAGCACACACCUCUGGACUACUGAUGCCCCUGAAAGAAAGGAAAACCCCUGCGUAGCAUUUCACUGGAGUUAGCCGAGCGCAUAGCCGAGCGGCUGACGUGUGUGUGUUUGUGUGUGUGUGUGUGUGUGUACUGUAAUACUAACUAAACCUAAAUGAAGUUGAAAAGAAGCAACCACUGCUGAUCGGGUCGAAGAAGAUUGUGAAUAAAUAGAGAGCGAAGGGGCAGGCUAGGCGUGUAACGUACAGUAGAAGUAUUUCCACUACUCUGUAGUCUGUACAGUGGCAUGUGUAACUGUAUGGGUGUGUGUGUGUGUGUGAGAGAUAGAGAAAGAGAGCAAAGUGUGCAUGUCAUACUUCGACACAUGUCGAAACUCGCAAUCACACGCCAAGGGAUGAAGACGGCCGGCCUCUAUGGACUAGAAUGUGUGUUUGAUGGAAGGAAGGCUGUGGCCAUUCAUCCACUAUGUACGUCAUGCUUUAUUUAUUCACUGAUAGAGGGAACGGGUGCAAUCACUCCAUAUGGCACGGAGGGCAAAAGUGCACUCUCUACCUCUCUCUGUCUUUCUCUCUCUAACUCUCUCUCUCUCUCUCUCUCUCUCUCUCUUACUCUCACACACACACACGCCCCUGCCUCCUAGCACUCGUUUUCCAGCUCAUCACUGUUUCAUUAAUUUAUUUAAUACUAGUGAAUUAUUUCAUAGCUUGUUCUUGGUUUUAUUUGGAUUUGAUUUGAUUUUAUAGGUCGCUGUAUUGUGUCAUUUUAUGCUCUUUCUCACAAUCUUUCAGACGCAGCAGAAGAAAUCAGUAUUGCAGUACAUCAGAUUGCGUUACAGUGUAGAGAUACUAAUGGCAAAGCCAUGUAGAAGGCUGCCGUACACGGUGGGCGGUGGUUGUUCCCGUCAGCGCUUCAUGCUGAAAUAUAAAGGAGCGGCAGGAAGCCGGGCCCAAGCUGCGAUGCGUCGCGGACAAACGGGACAAAAUAGAGAGUGGCGUUCCUCAAGGUUCAGUGCUGGGGCACAUAUAGAGUUGCAUCCCACAUCCCGGCGGUCACACUAGCAAGCGACAAAUCUCUCCUGUCGCUUGUGGUUUGUUGCUUGUGGGCGUGUAGCGACUGAUAGUGUCGCUUUUUUACUUGUGGUGAGAAACAGUGGUCUAUAUAUAUAUAUAUAUAUUUUCUAAAGGUAUCUAGUUAAACACAAAUGAAUUAACGCACUAAUCCGUGUGAAAUUUGGUUGCUAGGAUCUUCUUUCGUCGGAUUAGUUUAGCAAGCAGGGUACUAGAUACGCAGACUCACCAGAGACUCCAAAAAUCUCUUCUGCUUCCUUUCAAGCUUUAUUUUUCUUCAUAAUACAUUCAUUACAAGUCCGUUUUCACGUCUCAAACAGUAAAUGUGAACUAAUUGCAGGUUAGAACUAAAGUCUCCGUAGGAUUGGUCCGAGGGAUCCUACGUUCGGUCGCUCUUCUGCAUCGUACAGUACCUUUGCGCAGAAUUGAGAAAAUCUCGGCUUCGCGACGCGUACGUACGUAGAAAAUGAGCGAUCGCACGUCGCUUGCUAGUGUGAACAUAAGGCCAAGGUUAACUGCUGAGGUAAAUAAAAAGUAGAAUCCUGCAAAUAAGGAUGCAAAUUUUUUUUUUUUUAAAUCAGCAUACCUCAAGGUUAAAUGCUGAGGCAAAUAGAGUUCAUGAAGGAAGGGGAGACCACAAUGCAGUGGGGUAAAAUAUAGAAUAAAUGAUUUCAAAAGACCUGCACUGUUUUUUGUUUUGUUUUUUGUUUUUUUCUUCACGUGAAUAAGCAUGAGUAUAGCGCCUGCAUAUACUCAGCUGCCAUCAUGAAAUAUGACUGAGCACUGUAAUGCCAGUAGUUACGCAACAGCGGAUCUAGAAGGAAUAUAGAUAUCUAAUUAUUUAUGAAGCGUGUAUUGAGGACGGCGAUGAUUUACCAUAAACACGAUGCGAUCAACAGCCAUUCCAUGCUAACCAUGAAAUAUUCCCCCCAAAACAACUUGUUCCUUAACGACAAGUGCGCGAGUGAACGUGCAUGUAUGAAUCCAAAGCAUGUGUUUCCGCCUGCCUGAAGCGUCGCCCCGGCGAUCGCGAGGGUCAGUGACAUGUCCUCAACCCUGCUAUUGGGGGUUUUUUUUUUUUUUUUUUGUUAUUGUUGUUUUUAUUUCUUUUCAUUUCCUCUUUUUUUAUAUUUACUUUGUUGUUGUUGUUAUUGUCGUUGUCGAAGAACCCAGGGAAGGAAGGCAUCGUUUCACCUUCAUCUCUUUCACACUGUCCGUAACACAAUCUCUCAGAAAGGAUAAAAAAAAAAAAAAAAUUUAAAAUUCUCAAAAAUAAACAAUAUUUAAUAUAUUUUUUAGAGGACUAUUUUUUAAUUUCUUCCUUAAAUGUGCUAUGGCAUGCUUUCCUCAUGAUCCACUGAAUAUGGUAUGUAAAUAAGUGAGUAGUUGAUAGAUUUCAAUGGAGAAUAAAACUACAGUGAAAAGAAAGAUGUACCGUACUUUUAAAAAAAAAAAGAAGAAGAAAUGGAGGGGGGGAUAAAAGACGAAGAAUCAAACACAAAACAGUACUGCUGUAUAGAGGUCGCAUUAGCCUGCACAUUUUUUUAGGGCUGUGAAAUUUGCUUUUAUUUUUGAGACUUGCAUAUAAUUGUACAUAUUAUUAUUUUUUUCCUUUUUUUUUUUUUUUUUUUUUUUUUUUUUUUUUUUUUUUUUUUUGUUGUUUUUUAGGUUUUUUUUUUUUUUUUUCCCCUGCACUAAAAAAAGUGUAGAUAAAAACAUAAUCCAGAACAGUAUGAUUAUGGAAACAAAUGACACAUAACCAAUUAUGUUAAUUGUCUUGUGUGUACUGCAAAGCUGUGGAUAUGAGUAGUCUAAUGAAGUAGAACCCUUUAUUAUUAUUAUUAUUAUUAUUAUUAUUAUUAUGAUUUGAUUUUUCUUUAAGGAAACACUGAACUGUUUGUGUAUAUGUAUAUAAUGAAUUCACAUUGUUGGUCUCUACCUCUGGAGCUCAGUGACUUGGUUGUUUACCUCCACACGUUUUUAAUUUAAUGUGGAGAUUUAAAAACUUGAAUGUCCCUUCCAACUUUUAUAUUCCUAGAAAACCCUGUGCAAAAAAAAAAAUUACAAAAAAAAAUAAAGAAAGAAAAAUAAUAAUACUUAAAAUAGCAAUUGGUUGGAGGUGGGCCCAUCCUAUCCUUGUACAAAAUUCCAUAUUUCCACAUUUUCCCAACUCAGUGUUUUUCCGACUGUUAGAUCACACCAAUCAUUUUUGUCAUGUGAUACAACCCACGAUGAUUGGUAUUCUUUACUGAAAGAGGUUGCGUUCAAAUUUGAAGUACAUGGCAGUGAUAAAAUACUUUGAGCAGGUAUAGCAUGUUGAAGAUAACCAAUGCCAGACUAAAUGGAGCGUGUUUUCAUGAAAGAGACUAACCUGUAACAUACAUUGGGCCAACUUGAGAGAGAAAAUAUGUUUAAAAAAAAAAAAAAAAAAAAAAAAACAGGUACUACUCAUGCUGUCAAACGUUUUUAUAAGACAUUUGAAGUUUCUACUCAGAGGUAAUGGUAUUUGCAUACAUUUUAUGAUAUAUAUGCUUAAAAUAAGGAGAUAGCUUUGGAUAUAGCUUUGGAUGGCAUGAAAACAGAGGUGGAGAUCAGAAGGGACCGGAAAGACUCCAGAUGUAUUAUGUGUUUGAAAAAAAAAUAAUAAUAAAAAAAAUACAAAAAAAAAAAAAAAAA